AUGGUUCAGGAGACAGUAGAGCAGGUGGAGAUGCUCAAGUCUCGGCUUAAGGAGGCUCAUGACCGACAGAAGAGUUAUGCAUAUAAGCGCCGUAAGGAUUUAGAGUUUCAGGUGGGCGACCUGGUAUACCUGAAGGGAGGAUCUAAGACUCGGAAGCUAAAGAAACUUAAACCAAGAUUUAUGGGGCCGUAUCCUAUUUUGGAACGGAUAGCAGCAGUUGCUUACAGAUUGGGAUUAUCAGCAGGGUUGUCAGACUUCCAUGAUGUGUUCCAUGUGUCAGUAUUGAGAAAAGUUGUGAGAGAGCCAGAGCUCAUUAUGCAGCAGCCACCAAGUGACCUUGGUAAAAAUUUGUCUGCACUUUGUCAGCCAGUACAGAUUUCGGAGAGGCAAAUGAAAGUGGUUCAGGGGAUGACGACUAGUUUGGUCAGAGUCCGUUGGGAGAGAGACGGGAUCCAGGAGGAGACCUGGGAGACCGAAAAUCACUUGAGGAUUGACUAUCCAGAGCUUUUUGAGGAUGGUAUUGGACAGUCGGUUCAGGAGCCGAAUUCGGGGUCGAAUUCCUUAUUAGUGGAGGAGAAUUGUAACGACCCAAUUCCCAGCCCAGUGAUUUCGGCCCGUCAGAGCCCAAACCCUAAGCGUUGUAACUCUACAAAGACUGAGCCGUCACUCACACCUGAGAUCGUACCACCGCCACCACCACGUCCAGAGCCGAGAUCGACCAGUUCACCGCCGAUCCCAGACGAAGACCACCAUCGUGAUCGUGAUGUCGAGACGAGUCGGGAUCAAGAAGAUCAGCCGGAAAGUCGCCCGGACGCGCCGUCAAGCGCGGCUUUUCUCCCGCAUCGUUCCGUGCGUGUGGCACACGCGCCGCCGCCGUCCUCUACACGUUCCGCGCGUGGAUCUCACGCGCCACCACCACGCACCGUGUUCCGUCGCCGCCAUUGA